AUGGAAAACAUGGAAAACAAGGCGAAUACGAAUCACAAAAUGGAUAACAUCGAGAAGAAGGAGGAUACGAAGCACAAAAUGGAUCAGAUAGAAAACAAGGAGGAUAUGAAGGAUACCAAUCAACAAAACGAGGAUAACGAAAUAAAGAAAAACGACAAAACGAACUCAAAUUCAACUAUAAUCACUAACCAUCAAAAGCAUCCAACACUACAUCAAUCAUUAUUAAACUCACUUUCGACUUUAAAAACCAAAACAGACUCACCUAGAACGUUCUUCUUAACCACUCUCAAAUCAAAACCAUUUCAUACUCAUACACUUUUUCCACAUGCUACAAAUCCAAAUCAAUCAAUCUCAAGAACAGAUUAUCUAAUCGUCUUAGCAGAAAGAUUUCAAAAUUAUCAUACUAAUCUGAUUGAUAAAAAUCUAAUUACAGUUCCGAUUUUUGCACUUGAAGCCAGUCUUUAUUUGAUACCUACCACUUCAGUUGGUAUACUUUAUAUAUCAAAAUUAGAUUCGACUGGACUUUCUCCUUUUCCAACCCCAGCCAAACUUUUGACCGAAAGAGGAAAACGGAUUUUAGAUGAUCAACAAUUGAUUAAAUGGUGGAAAACUGUUUUAUCUAAACCUUCUUCUUCUAUUGGUCCAACUCAUCGGUUUUACAUCUUACCAGGAUUCGAUCGAGAAGAAUCAUUAGCAAUCUUACCCAAACUAGAUCAAAAUUGGAUAUACGGACAUCCUUAUCAUGUGAUCGGAUCACCAUUAAAAGUAUCAACCCAAACCGAUUUUCUUUUAUCUGAUUUGAUUCCUGCACUUUGUGAUGAUCCAAAAGCAAGAUUUUUACAAUCUUUAAGUAGAUCUUCUUCGAAUCCUGCAGGUGAAAUUGGUGAUUGGGAUGAUUCGUUAAAUGAACGUUCUUCUUCUGGUUUAGAAUCAGAUAGAAUACGUGAAAGGAAAUUUUUAAAUAUGACCUCUGUUGAUGAGUUUUGGGAAAGAAUGGGUGGUAGACAAGAGUGUUGUGAUGGAAGAGUUUCAGCUUUUUUUGUCAUUUCGGGUUCGACUUCUAUAGGUAAUGGUACCGGUGGUUCUAAUGGGAAUCAUGAUGAAGAUAAUGGUAGUAUCGAUAGCUCAGCAGCUAGUAAGAAUCAAGGUGAUAGUAAAUCAUCAGGUUCUAAUGGCCAUGUUAGCUCAUCAGUUACUAGGAAUCUUUGGGUGAUGCUUUGGUCAAAAUUUCAUAAUUGUGAUUAUAGUCGAUUAGAGUCAGCCGGUACAGGUUAUUCAGCAUGGAUAGAAGCCAUUCAAGCAUGUAUACCAGCAAGCGGGUUUCAUAAAAUCCAUAGUGAACUUACAAUCGAUCAACCAGAUUUGGAAACCAAGAAAAGAACGGCAGAAUGUGAUUCUAUUAGUCCUAAAAAACCGGCUAUUACGAUUCUGCAACCUAGAAAGAAAGUUAAAUCGACUGUUUAAAAAAUCUUGACCAUCGGUUUUCAUGCAUUUGUUAUGGAGCAUCAAUCAUUUUCUUUUCCUAACUUUGUGGUUCUUUGUAUGGUUUUGUAUAUGUUGAUUCGAUUUUGAGGAGAUGGAUGUAGAGGUCAUCAUCAUGGGUUUAGGAUUAUCACUUUUCAUUUUCGUUUUGGACAAGAGAAUACUGGACAUAUUUGAUUGAUAGAAUUCAUGAGUAGAUUUUAACUGAUAAUAUUGACUUUCGGUAGUAAGUUGAAAAAGAUCAAAUAGAAAAUUUAGCAAGAAAGUCUCGAGUCGUUUUAGAAAAGUUUAUUUAUAAGUUUGGAUGAUUUGAGUUUCGAUUGUUUAUAGUCUUUAACAAGCAUCAGAUUGGAUAUUAAUCUUAUCCUUAUAUUUCUCGUAGCUGAUUUAUAGAAUGCAAUAGCUAUUUUUUGCUAUAUUUUGGU